GCACAGGCUUGUCAUUCUGACCCUAGGAACCCUCAGGACAGAAAUGUCUACUGCAAAGGAAAGAAAACAUGCUAAGAAAAUGAGAAACCAGCCCACCAACGUCACUCUGUCCUCUGGCUUUGUGGCACAGAGAGAUGUAAAGCACCAUAAUGGAGGGGGCAGACCUUUCCAAGCUCAGCAACAAGAGUCUCAUUCUGGAAGUUCAAGACAGCGACAAACUAAGAUGACCCCCCAUUUGCUUCCUGAGCCUGAUAUGAAUGAGCAGUCUUCCUCUAAAGUUAUGUUUAAGAAAAAGGGAGGCUGGAAAGCAAGUCUGGAGGGCACCUCUCAGGAAAUUCCCAAGUAUAUAACCGCUUCCACUUUUGCUCAAGCGCGGGCUGCUGAAAUCAGUGCCAUGGUAAAAGCUGUGACCCAGAAGUCUUCUAACUCACUGGUGUUCCAGACUCUACCUCGGCACAUGCGGCGGAGAGCUAUGAGCCACAAUGUCAAACGUCUUCCCAGACGGUUACGAGAGAUGGCCCAGAAGGAGUUGUCCAAUUUACUGAAAGUGAUCAAAGUUGUGGUGGCAGAGUCUGUUUUGGGAAUCAUUUUGCCCCAUGUAGAUUCUAAGGAGUUUAAUUGUGUUUCCUCUCUGCAGGAUUUAUCCUACUACUGUUGUCUGGAGUUGAAGGGCAAAGAGGAAGAAAUACUAAAGGCACUUUCUCAGAUGUGUAGCAUAGAUACAGGAUUGACAUUUGCUGCAGUUCACUGCUUGUCUGGAAGGCGCCAAGGGAGCCUCAUGCUUUACCGUGCAAAUAAAUACCCUGGAGGAAUGCUCGGGCCUGUUACAUUUAUUUGGAAUUCUGCGAGGGUCCCUGCUGAUCUGUGUGAGAGCAGGCAGCUCUGGAUCUGGCUUCAUCCAACUCUUAAACAGGAUAUAUUAGAGGAGAUAAAAACAGUGUGCCUGUGUUCAGAAGCCAUCCAAUCAAAUAUCUGCAUCCCUGACCCACUUCUAACACCAUCCCUCGAGAAAAGCCAAUCUGAACUGGCUGAUAAGAAAAGUGGCAAGAAAAGAAAAAGGAAAGAUGAUGAAGAAAAUUUGAAAUCAAUUAAAAAAAUUAUUGGUGAUGGAACUAGAGAUCCCUGCCAACCAUGUUCUUGGAUCUCUCCAGCCACUGGCAUCAUAAUCAGUGAUUUGACGAUGGAGAUGAACAGAUUCCGGCUGAUUGGUCCCCUUUCUCACUCCAUCCUAACUGAGGCUCUCAAAGCUGCUUCUGUACACACUGAGGAAGAGGACACAGGGAAGACACCCCACAGCUGGUGGGUAGACACCUGUAAGAACCCUGAUAGCGUUUCCCUUCAUCGAAGACAAGAAGCUGUGUUUGAAUUAUUAGGAGGGGUAACAUCGCCAGCAGAAAUUCCUGCAGGUACUAUUCUGGGCCUGACGGUGGGGGAUCCUCGAAUAAACUUGCCUCAAAAGUGGUCCAAAGCUUUGUCCAACCCAGAAAAAUGCCAAGAUAAUGAGAAGGUGAGACAGCUGUUUCUGGAGGGUGUGCCUGUGGAAUGUGCCCAUAGCUUUAUCUGGAAUCAGGACAUCUGUAAGAGUGCCACAGAGAAUAAAAUCUCCGACCAGGAUUUAAACCGGAUGAGAAGUGAGUUGCUGGUACCUGGGUCACAGCUUGUUUUAGGUCCCCAUGAAUCCAAGAUCCCUAUACUUUUGAUUCAUCAGCCAGGAAAAGUGACGGGUGAAGACCGGCUGGGCUGGGGAAGUGGCUGGGACAUCCUGCUUCCGAAGGGCUGGGGCAUGGCUUUCUGGAUUCCAUUCAUCUAUCGAGGUGCCAGAGUUGGAGGGCUGAAAGAGGCCAUGGUGCAUUCACAGUAUAAAAGUUUGCCUAACAUCCCAGGAGAUUUUCCAGACUGCCCUGCUGGCGUUCUGCAUGCUGAAGAGCAAGCUAAGAGUUUUCUUGAAAAGUACAAAAGACGCCCUCCUGCCAAACGUGCCAACUAUGUUAAGCUUGGCACACUGGCACCUUUCCAGUGUCCCUGGGAACAGUUGACUCAGGACUGGGAGUCCAAAGUCCAGGCCCGAGACACAUCUCCUGGAGCUCUCAGUAGAGAGGCGGGUGAUGCAAGAAGACUCGGGGAGCCUCACGCUGCCACGCCUGAGCAAGCUCCGCAGCUCUCAGAUGAAGCAGGCUCAUCCACACGUGACCACAGGGAGCCAGAGACCAUGGACACUGAGUGUCAGGACCAGGGAGUGGGGGAAAAGGUUCCAGACCAGAGUCCUGGCGAGAACCACACCGCUGCCAUCAAUAGUCAACUCUGUGUGCUUAGGAGUAGAAAAUUACUGAAGCAACUGUCAGCCUGGUGUGGGCCCAGCUCUGCGAACAGCCGGGCAGCCCAGUGGGCUCCUGGCAGAAGCCAGCGAGAACUGAGCAGAGAGGCUUGCCUGUCUGUCCUGGACCUCUUCCCCAGGGCCCUGGUAUGGGUCCACCUGUCCCUCCUCCAGAAAGGCAGCCCAGAGCCACACACCAUGAUCUGUGUCCCAGCCGAGGAAGACUUGCUUCAGCUCAGGCAGGAUCGCCACUACUGUGGGCCCCAGGAGCCCAGACACAACGAUCCAUUCAAGAGGAAGAUUGUAAAGCAAAAGGAGAAGAAGAAAAUAGUGAGGAGGCAGGACGGAGGACUCGCUCCUGCCGACGUUGUGGAGGCCCCUGUGCAGGAGGAGGCUCUGACGUUGGGCUUGUGGUCAGGCCCCCUCCCAGGUGUGAUUUCACACUGUUCCAGGGUUCUCCUUGGCUUCGUCACUCAGGGAGAUUUUUCCAUGGCUGUUGGCCAUGGAGAAGCCCUGGGCUUUGUGAGCGUGACAGGCUUGCUAGAUACGCUGUGCAGCCAGCCACCAGCCACAAGGGGCCUGGUGCUGCUCAGGCCGCCUGGCUCUCUGCAGUACCGAUUUGCAAGAAUUACCAUCGAGGUGUGACUGGUUCACUGCUUGUGAACACUGAUCAGUCGAUCGAUGGAUGGAUAGUAGCUCUGUUUGCCAAGUCACAGUGGGAGAGUCUGCCUUCCCUUCAAUUUCAAAAUAUCAUGUGUCGUUCCUUAGAAAUAAGAAUAAAAAAGCACACUUUAUGCAAACAAUGAAAUGUUUAUACUGUUUCAAUCAUCUCAUUUGUUUCCAUCUUUCCUUGGCCUUGUUGUAGCGCUGUAAAAUUGUUUGGCAGGUAUAGCCAGAUGCUUUUAUGAUCUCUUGGUUUUGCUGAACAGUAUCAGAGACUCUAUCAC